AUGGCAAGAAAACAAAAGCCAAGACUACCAUCUCCAGGGGAGAUCUUGUAUCCUUUGGAUGGGAACCCCGAAACAGCCACCGUUGUAAACCCCAAAGGCCUAAAACUCACUAUCUAUGCAUGGCGAGUGCCACAGCCCAAAGCAGCAGUGCUAUUUAUUCACGGUGUGCAAACACAUGCCAGGUUUGAGUUCCUCAGACACCUCUCUCCAGACGAGCCGGACGUCGUGCUGCCUGCAACGGCAGCGGGAACGAGCGCACCAGCAAACACAGCAGCGGAAACAGCAAAAGCAGGUACUGCACGGGCAGCAAAAGAGUCAGAGGGGGCUAAAGAAGGCGAAGACCAGUACGUUCGUUGGUGUAUAUACGAAGGCAGCUGGUUCCAACAGCUGAACAAGGCGGGUUGUUCUGUGUAUGCGGGGGACCUUGAGAGUUUUGGGCUCUCCGAGGGAUGGAAGGGCCGUCGCUGCAGCGUUGAACGCCUGGACGACCUCGGUUUUGAUGUAAUCAGUUUCUCCGAAUUCGUUGCUGAAGACUUAGCAAAGCAAAACAAACGCGGAGAUAGUGGUGACAAUCAGGCGCUUCCCCCCAUCUGCCUCGUAGGUAUUUCUAUGGGUGGCUUUUCCGUCAUACGAGCACUUGAGCUCAUGGGUGAGAGAAAGCACUGGCUUCUUGUGCCGUCUGGCGCUCCUGCUGCUAAUGGUCGUUCUGCCGCUGCAGAUAAUGCUGAACCAGAAGGUGCUGGAGCAAAUGGGGCUGCAGGAGAUGGGGCUGCAGCAGAUGCGGUUGCAGCUUCUGAACGUGCUCAUAUCGUGGCUUGUGUGGCUUUGGCACCGAUGCUGGCCAUAGAGAAGGCAACCUCUGGCGUUUUUAACAAAACAGUAGCUAAACUAAGCGGAGUCCUCUCGAAGGUCCUUCCACACCUUGGCGCCGUUAAGGUUCCCCCUGCACGCCUUCGCUGGGUCGAUGUGCAGAAAGACGAGGACCCCUUGGUGACCUGCCCUUUGAAGAUCCCUUGCCGAAUGGGAGCUGAGGUGCUGGCUGCAGUCCCUCGUGUGCACGCGGAAGCCAAGUCUAUCCCUAGUCAUAUUCGCCUCAAAAUCAUUCAUGCAAGAGAAGAUUCUAUUGUAGAGCCACAGGGUAGCAUGCGCUUUAUAAACGAGUCCGCCACCCAAAUUACUGAACGUGAGCUGCAGAUCCUGGAGGGAGAACGAGGACACUACCUCGUCAUAGAGCCCGGAAACGAAGAAGUCCUGAAUUCCAUUAAAGAAUGGUUUAAGAUAUAUUAG